CACUAUUCUAUAUCUUCAAUUCUCUAUACUCACCAUGUCCUCCACAAAUCCCAAUAACAAACUCUCCAUCUCCCUCCACCCCGUCCCCCCAACCCCCACCGCCGCCCUCACCCUCGUCACCCUCCACAACGAAGCCUUCGCUCACGACCCCUUCCUCGAACUCAUGUACGGCCCGCUCUCCGAGGAGGUUGAUUCCUUCGCGGCCGACAUCCAAGCGAUCAUGCGCGACGAUCCGACGGCGCGGUUCACGCAGGCCGUCGUCGCCGCUGGGUCAGAGAAAGAGACAGUAGUCGGCUGGUCCUGGUGGAACGUCUACCCCGACCGAACGUCCUAUCUGGCUGCGAAAGCGAAGGACGAGGAGAGGGCGAGGCAGCCGCCCAAGACGGCGCUUUGUCCGGCUGCGUAUGUCGACUGGAAGGUGGAGGUUGGGAGGAGGAGGGAGAGGUGGAUUGAAAGACAUGGGGAGGGGGAGGGGGGUGUAGCGAUCCUCCAAGUCCUCGUCGUAGCACCAAGCUACCAAAACCGGGGCAUCGGCACGCAGCUCCUCCGCCAUGGGCUGCAGGAAGCAAAAGCCCUAAAGAUCCCCGCCUGGCUGGAAGCCUCGGAGGAGGGAUACGGCGUGUACACGAAGUGCGGGUUCCGCGACGUUCAGGACGAUAUCGUCUUGGAUAUGAAGAGGUACGGACGGGAGGAUGCAGAAGGGGUGGGGAGAUGGGGGAUUUGUAUGUUGAUGGAUUGAUUUUAUACUCUUUUUGUUCCUUUCUAAAGGGGAGGAGGUGGGAUUGAUAAUGCGCUUGAUAUUUAUUGAUAUACAUAGUACUGCACAUAUUGUACAUACAAGAAAGCAAAUCUACGGCUUCACAACCCUCAAAUAACCCACCCCCAGAUCCCGAAAGAAAGUCACUGCGCCGUCUCUUCCC